AUGCUGAAGCCUUAUUUCCAAAUACCUCGGAGUCCUAGGAUGCAAGAUUGGAAGGUCCAACAUAAGUACUCCCUUAAAAUGAAUAAUUAUAGCCAAAAGAAAGUAAAAAGACAGGCAAUUCCAUUAGAAACAAAAAUUCUAAUAUUAAAUAGACUAACAGAUGGUGAAGGAUCCACAACUGUUGCUAACGAAUUUAAAUUAGAAAAGACGGAAAAGGCUCUCGUGUUGUGGGUUAAAGAUUUAUCUAAAAAACGAAUCCCCGUUCACAAAGAAUUAAUUCAAGAAAAAGCUAGACAGUAUUUCAAUCAACUGAAAGAUUUAGAAUCAAAUUCGUCAUACUGUUUACGAAACAUACAAGGCGAGGCAACGUACGCCGAUGAAACAACUGCUAUGAAUUAUCGCAAAGUAUUAGCGGAAAUCAUUGAUGAUGGUGAAUCUUGCCCAGAUCAAGUAUUUAAUGCAGAUGAGACUGGGUUAUUCUGGAAAAAGAUGUCCAACCGAAAAUUUAUUGCGAAAUCGGAGAAAACUGCAAGUGGUUUUAAAGUGGCAAAGGAUCGAAUCACACUUCUUUGCAGUAAUGUCUCUGAUGCAAAGAUAUUAACACAACUUAUUAUAAAUAAAGCUUUACACCCACUGAAGUACAGUUCAUGGCCAGUAAAUAAGCAUGGGUCACAUCAGCUGUAUUUGCAACAUGCUUCAACGAUUCUUUUGUACUAG